GCGGCUGGGACGAACGGGUGCACGCGGCGAUGCGAACCUGUCACCCAUCACUGGCAUGCUGCCUGUCAGACGGGCAAUAUUUGAACUGCCCAGGUGGUGCAGCUCAGCUGGGACUGCACGUGCAGAAGUACGGUACAGAUUGCAGUUGAUGUCGCUCAUGUCGCGUGGCUGAGACGGCAGACCACAGGAGGUUGGUUCAAUGUUAGUCUAGUUGGUUACUGAUAGAUAGACGCUGGGUUUCAGCCCUACCACUGGCUGGGGGGGGGGGUUGUAUGUCUCUGUGUUUGUGUUUGUGUCUGUGUCCGCGUUCGCGUGUGUGUGUGUGUGUGUUCGUCUGUGGCGUGUGUUCGUCGUGUGUGGUGCGUGUCUGUUCUGUCUGGCGAUGGAACAUGCACAGCCAGUCGUCGUGCUGCAACCAACACCACCUACAGACGGCGGCAGGGCGGCAAAAAGACCCACGCCUGUCCUGUCUCGGGAUGGCCUUGCGCAAUGUCGCCUUCUCAUCGAAUGACUGGCCAGGGUCGCAUCGUCCCGACUCCGGUGGUUGAGGGGAUGGGUGGAUGGGAUGGGAUUGACUCCAGACGGAUUUCAGGUUUUCCUGGCAACCUGGUCGGCAGGUCGGGUUCAUCAUGGCGGUGCAGGAUGCAGGUGCCGAGCCUGCGAGCCUGCGAGUGUGUGGCGGAUUGGCAGAUUGGCCUCCCAUGAUCGUCAGGGCUGCCUCCAGCUGCCAUUCUAGCAGAUCCAGAUGAUCCUUCCGGCUGCCCGCCCCAUCUGUCUGUCUGUUCGGACGAGAGGCCAACUGGCUACAGUUCUUGUUUUCUAACCCUUUUUAUUUUUCCAUCCAGUGAGCUGUCAAUAAUAAUAAUAAUACUGGGCCCCAGUCUCGUCCAUAAUCGCGCACUUCAAGGUUGCUCGGACAUGUCGUUUCGCCCUCGUCGGGCCACGUCCAGCCGUCACAUCACAUCUACGACCCUCCAAUAAAACCAUCAGUCGGUCCACCUCGGCAGUCAAUCAAUCAACAAGUCAAUCGAUCAAUAAACCAAUCUGUGCAGUGCAGACCCAGUCCACAAUUCAGCUGACCACCACCGUCGUCGCCCCACCGUCCUCAUUUCGAACCAAAUCAAUUCAAUCUUGUUUUGAUCCUUUUUGGUCGUGGACAAACCCACCUCUCCUCUAGGCCCUCUCGUGUCUUGGCCAGACUUCAUCUGAUCUUUCCGCACCAUUGCGAAGCACAGUCCACCGCAAAAAGAAGCACAUGCGUACCCGCACCCAAGCGCAAAUCCACCCGGCCCACUCUCGAACCGCAAGCGCCCCGCCCACAUCCGAUCUCUUGGUUUCACGGGCUCUGCGGCUACUGUUCGGGGGCGAGAUUGCAGUGCUCACUGCUCGGAGGAGGGAACAGAAAGAGGACAGGCAGGAAGGCAGGAAGGCAGACAGGCAGACAGGCAGACUUACACACCAUACUACAUACACAUGGUCCGAGUGACGAUCAGACAUAGCGAGUACGACAGAAGGCAUCGCGCAGCCGAGAACGCCACCCGAAACGGCCGGCAGCCUGACCAGGGCAAGCAACACUUGAGGAUCGCCGACUAGCUGUGUCAAGAGAGACGACACCCCUCCCGAUAGCUGUUUGUCUUCCACAGGCCUGGUCGCUUAGGAAGACACCAGUAAAGUACUGUCGCUUUUACUAGCGAGGGGCACACACACACACACACAAAAAAAAAAGAGCAGGAGCAAGGGAGCAAGGAGCAAGAGGCCAGGAGCCAGGACAGGGAGCCACGGACAGGAGAGGGGGCCAAGCACACUCGAUCCAGGCGCCGCCACACCCAUUCUCGGUAGUCUGGCAGCUCGUGCUUGCAGUCUUGGUGACCAAGGCUCGUAGCAGGGCGCAUUAACUCGGCUCACGGGCCAGAGAGGGGCUUCCCUUCAUUUCAAAGGGUCCCUGGGAAAUCGCGACAAUGUGGGACCGCUUCAGGUCGACGCCAGCAGCCGCAGCGCCGGGCCACCACGACUCGUCGCCUUCCACCUCGACGAGGCAACUGCAGCAGCAGCAGGCACAGCAGCAGCUUCCUUCCUCGACCACCACCAGCGUCCACAACAGCAACAGCAACAGCACCACCAGCUCGCUCCUGACCAACCCUCUUGCCAGCAGCAGCAACCACGGCAACCACAACACCUCCAACAGCUGGCAGCCACGGUCAUCCGUCAUUGCGCAGCGCCAGCGCCAGCAGCAGCCACACAGCAACAACCGUCAACACCACAACCAGCUGCGAUCCGCCUCGACAGACAACUACUACCCCGGCGGCAGCGUGGGCGGACACGGGGGAUAUCAGUACAGCAUCAAGGGAGGCCAGCCCCCGCCCAGGCCACUCAGGGAAUUCCAAGUCCCGCCGCCCGUUCACCCCCCUCCACGCCAGCAGACCUUCCCCCAGCAGUCGUCGCGACAACAGCUGCACCCGCCCAGCGCACACGCCCGACACGAGUCCAGGGACUCCCUCGCCGGCCGCCCGACCUCGUCUGUCUACUCCCAGCCCUCGCCCCUGCACACAACCUUUGCGCCCCAGCGAGACCAGCGAGACCAGCGCGAGCAGCCCAACGUCGUGCGACACCAUCCACAAGACGGCUUUGACGACGUUUCUCCCCCGAGUUCCCCCGAGUUGUUGUCGCCCGGAAAUGUACCAAACCUCGACAUCUCCCCCAUAGACGAAGAAGACGACCUCGCCUACCGCCAACAACCAUUGCCCAAGAUGUCUGCCGUCAGUGGUCUCCCCUCCCAGCAGCGGGCCGCCAGCCGACAGGCCGAAACCCCGUCUCCCAAUGCUCGAUCAAACAUCCCCAUGAUGCGCCGCGAGAAGAGGCAACAGAGGGAUGCAGCUGCAGGCCGGCUGAAGGCGUCCCCCAGCCAGGAUGCCCUGCGCCAGACACCACCCCGCGAACAACAGCCUCUGCGGCCCAUGAACAGCGGCGAAAGAUUACGACAGCCCUCGCCAGUCCCACACUCACUCAAGGCCAUGGACAGCCGGGAACGGCUGCGGCAGCCCACCGUCGACUACAGCCAGAAGCCAGGCAGCAGCAACGGUCGACCGCGCGGCGAGAAGAACCCGCGGUGGGACCCGAUGACGGGAGAGAUCGCCAUGAACAAUGAGAAGUCAAGGCCAUCGCAGGUCAAGCCGCUCGAGUUUGCACGUGGUUUCGGGCUGGGAAUAACCUCAUCGGCAACGGCAGAGCGGGGGCCCACGUCACCAAACCCACCCAGGGGCGCAUCGAGUAUGAGCGAUCGCGUUCGGCAGAUGGGUUCGAGGAUGGGCGUGGGAUCGGGCCUCAAGAACCAGCCCCAACCCCAGCCCGAGAGUAACACCGACCCCGCCGCCGCCGCCUUCACCUCCAACCGGCCGGGCUGGCGAGGCGCAUCCGGGCGGACCGCCAUCGUGGAGCCCGUCAAGGACAACCCGGAGGUCGCCCCGCUCAAGAUCCCACCACGGAGUGACAAGCGGAGCUCGCCACGGCCGUUUGGUGGGCCCAGCCCGAGCCCCAGCCCGAGCCCCAGCCCGAGCCCGAGCCGCGGGCUUCAUAGUCCUGGCGGCGGCGGGCUCGGCGGUGUUGAUGCUGCCAUGUCCAGUCCACCCAUCAGUCCUGAAACCCAGCUGAGGGAGCAGGACCAGAAGCAGCAGGCUGCAGGCGAGGCUGCUGCAGGGAAGGGCCCGCUGCUGAGCCCCAGUGGCCUCGGGGGCAGCAUGGCCAACACCAUCCGAAGAAUCAUCCCAUCCUCGCAGCGCCUCCCUAGUGGAGCGGGAGCGACUGCAACUGCAGUCAGUGCGGGUGUCAGCCAGCAGCAGGGCUAUCCCAGCCCGCCCCUUUCCAGCAGCCCCUCGCACCCUGCCACACUGGCCCAGCAACAAUCUGCAUCUGUCAAUGCCAACGGCGGCGCUAAUCAUGCAACCACUGCUACUGGUGCGGCCGCCGAGCCCGACAGCCACGCAUCUGACACCUACCACCGUUCUCAAUCAUCGUCUCCGUCACCACCGCCUCCGCAAUCACAAGAACCGCACUCGCUGUCCUCAUCCGCAGAGCCCUCCCCGACUGCGUCCCAGGCACCCAUCCGAAGGAAACAGGUUGGUAGCGGCGGGCCUCCUUCGGCACACCUGCACCCAGGCCGCGGCGCGCACCACCAGCCCAAGGAGUCGUUUGCAUCAUCUGUCUACUCGCAGCAGACCGAGGACGCCGGCCAUGCGUACCAGCAGCAGCAGCAUCAUCCCAGCGACGAAAUAGCCCCCAGGCCGACCAUCGAUAUUCGAAACCUCCCUGGAGCAGGCAACGCCGACUCGCCAUACGAGCAGCCACCCUCACGUUUCAGCGUAACCACCUACGCGACCUCUGCACACACCUCCACACCCCGCGAAUCCCUCGAGCAGUUCGACCGCAAUUACUACAACGAGGCCGACGCCCCUCCGCUGCCCACUCCUCCCAAAGACUACGCCAUGAACUCGUACCUCGACAGCGACAACGCAAGAAGCACCACCAAACAAACCAAGGGCCCCAGUGUAAUGGACCGUAGCCGGCCAAAGACCCGCAACGGCAGCAGCAACUGGGACGACGAGAACGCAGCCCCCGUCAAGAUCAGCCUCAGCCAGCCGUGGAUGUCGACGUCGGGUGCCAAUAGUGCCGGUAUCAACGCCCAGAACUCCCCACCGCGGUCCAGGAAAGAAGCACCCCGAGGCCCGCGCGAGCAAGCCCCCAAGGAAGUUCGGGGUCUCCUCGGCCUCCGCAACGACUCGAUGAAUACCUCGCGCCCCGCCUCCAUCCUGUCCGUCGACAAGGCCCUCCCCGCCGCCCCGCCCGAGUUGUCUGCCGAGACCACCAAGGACCGUGUUGCCAUGCUCAACGCCCAGCUGCAGAGCCUCGGCAACAGGCGGAUCAACAUCAACAAGAGCAUCAAGCAGAUGACGGAGCUCAUGCCCCAGGACAACCUGAUGGCCACGCCUGAGGUGCUGCGCAAGCGCGAGAUGGAGAAGCGCAAGGUGGAUGACCUGCAGCAGGAGCUGGCCGACGUGCAGCGGGAGGAGCACGAGCUGGGCAUGAAACUGCACCGCGCGUACAAGAAGCUGGAUCGGCAGGCGGCCUACGAGCCCACAACGUUGUGGGUCAGACGCGCGACGGGGUGAGUGGCGGGUUGCUUUUUUGUGCCUAUUCUUCCUUGACUCUGUUUUUUUGUUUUUUGCUGUUGAUUUUUCAUCUUGCUCUUCACAAGCUUUUUGCACUCUUCCCUUGAUGUUGAGCGACAGCGCUACGAUACCUCGCCCGCAAACGACGGGCGGAAUGACGGAUACCACGCUCUCGAAGAAACUUGCUACCUGUCCAUAACAUGUUUCCAAGAUACUGUACAAUAUCAUCACCAUGCGGACCCAAACAUCCCGUGGUAGGGUCUCCAACACACCCAAACCUCUCACCCUGUGAUAUGUGAUCGGGAUGGCCAUACCGUGAUAUCCAUGCCUGUACUAAGAAAUCAGUUCACCAGCCCAACAGGGUGUGCUGCUCCUAACAGUUGUGGGUCAGCAUCCUGCCAGUGUAGAGUACACCUAAGAAAUCCAUUACUCGCUUGAGCACAUGCACCACAUCACUCAUGCACGAUGACUUACCUUACCCCAAGGGUCCUCCUGCCCCUCAGCAACGUGCUGAGUGGGCAAGCAACCCCAUCCAAACGCAGACUCCACCCCCACCCACCUACCUGCCACCACAUCCUCCUCCACAACCACGGUCCCUACCUGGGGUAACCUACCCUACCUGCAGCCCACUUCACUCACAGCAAGGACUGCCCUCCCUCCCUCUUCCUCCCCUCCCCACCCUUCCAUACACACCACUUUUUUUUUGUAUCUUUCGUAGUAUCUAUCUGUCAGUCAGUCAAGUCCUGCAAACAUUGAAGGCAGCUAGCUAACCAUGUGUUUUCACCUGUCUAGCGACAUUAUUUAUUCUGCCGUGGGCGGGCUGAUUGUCUGCCUGGGCCUCGUGUAUUAUUUUCGGUAUGGGUGGGUGGGGGUGUGAGCUGUGCUUGUAUGGCCGCUCCACCAGACCCCGAGAUGCUGUCUUCUUGGGGAGACGCGUGGACAGUUAACGGGUCUUACAUACUGCCAGCGACACCACUCCCUUGAAUUGGAUAUUCUGGCCGUUUGACUGGGCGGGCAGAGCGUAUGGCUAGCAGUUGCGCAAUCCCGUUGCACGACGGGGUCGUGGGUGAGUGUGUUUUGUCUUCUUCUUCUCUGUCCCAGCUUCACUUCUGUUACUCUCUUUUCCUUCUUUUCUACAAUCUACUUUGGCUAUUGAUUGAUUUGUAAUUUGUGCCAGUGGCAAUGGUGUUUUCUUCUCCUGGGUAGUACCUACGUACUUACCAUCAACCUUUUUUUCUGUUGACUUUUGAGGACUGUUUUCUGGUUAACUAUGUAAUUGAUGCACGAGGAUGGAGACGGGCUCUGUACGCCAUUUCAGCUUCUUGUUAAUUCUUUUUAGAAAUCCUUUUUCCAUGUACAUACAUAUUUACACCAUCACAACUUCUGGUCUCUUUCAUCCUUAUAUUUCAUGUAUAUAUGCGUUGUCAUGAGCUUCCAUGGUGUUGCACCCCGAGGCUGACUGCCUUGCUAUGCACGUCUAUUCUUAUUGUUCAUACUUAGCGUUGCGACACAGCGCUGCACAUCUAUUAUUUUUUUAGGCUUUGUGUUUAUAAUGGCUGAGGCUUUAGAUGUAUAUAAUAUCAUUAAUGUUGGUCAAUUUAUGCAUGUCUGGUGUUGAA